UUUUAUUUUCACAAAUAAAAAAGUAGCCCUUAAACAGAAAAAAGUAAAUUUAGAAAUAAAUUUCUAUAAUUUCUUAUUGCAUAACAAACAACAACAAAAUAAUGUCAGUAAUAGAAAGACCACAAAUUAGAUUUACUCAACUAUUUAUUGACAAUGAAUUUAGAAAAUCAAUUAAUAAUAAAAAAUUUCCGACAAUUAAUCCAUCGACUGGCGAUGUAAUUGCAGAGAUCGAGGAAGCGGACAAAGAUGAUGUCGAUCAGGCGGUCAGUGCCGCACAAAAAGCUGUCGAAUUGGGAUCGGAGUGGAGGACUAUGGAUGCCUCACAACGGGGACGACUGCUUCAUAAAUUGGCUGACCUUAUGGAAAGGGAUGCCGAUUAUAUAGCCACUUUAGAUACACUGGAAAAUGGUUUGACAAUCACUGAUACGAGACAUUCAUUGAAGUUUGGUGUCGAACUCAUACGGUAUUACGCGGGCUGGCCGGACAAACUACAUGGCAAGACUAUACCCGCAGAUGGCAAUGUUACAACUAUAACCCGAUUAGAGCCCAAAGGUGUCUGUGCUAUAAUAAUUCCCUGGAAUGCACCGGUAGUUAUGCUAUCGAAAACUAUUGGUCCGGCACUGGCCGCCGGUAAUACAGUUAUUGUUAAACCGGCUGAACAAACAUCAUUGAGUGCAUUGUAUAUCGCGAGUCUGACAAAAGAGGCCGGUUUUCCUACCGGUGUAUUCAAUGUGGUUUGCGGUUACGGACCAAUUACCGGUGCGGCACUGUCUGAGCACAUGGAUGUCGAUAAGAUAACCUUUACCGGCUCAACAUCUGUUGGCAAACUCAUUCAACAAGCAUCGGGAAAGUCAAACCUUAAAAGUGUUACAUUAGAAUUGGGAGGUAAGAGUCCGUUGGUUAUCUUUGACGACGCCGACAUCGAUGAGGCCGUCAAUUUGGCGCACUUUGCUGUGUUUGUAUGCAACGGACAGGUAUGCUGUGCUGGUAGUCGUACUUUUGUCCAGGAAGGCAUUUACGACCAAUUUGUCAAACGAAGUGUUGAACUAUCGGCUGCUCGAGUGGUUGGCGAUCCGUUCAAUACCAAUACAGUUCAGGGACCGCAAGUAAAUGCACAACAGCUGAAUAAAAUCAUUGAACUAAUCGAUAGCGGCGUCAAAGAGGGUGCAAAAUUGGAAACAGGAGGCAAACGAAUCGGUAAUAGAGGUUACUUUGUAGAGCCAACAGUCUUUUCCAAUGUUAGCGAUGAUAUGCGUAUUGCCAAAGAGGAAAUAUUUGGACCAGUUCAGCAGAUAAUCAAAUUUAAGACAAUGGAUGAAGUGAUUAGACGAUCCAAUAAUACAAUCUAUGGCUUGGGAUCCGGUAUUGUAACCAAAAGUUUGGAUAAUGUUCUUACGUACUCACAGGCAGUUAAAGCCGGUACUGUUUGGGUGAACUGUUACUUUGUGGUAACACCGCAGACACCAAUUGGCGGCUAUAAAAUGUCGGGUUUUGGUCGAGAAUUUGGCGAAAAUGCUUUGUAUGAAUACAUUGAGGAAAAGACAAUCACUAUUAGAGUAGACAAUAAAAAUUCAUAAUCAAAAAUUAAUUAAUUGAAUGAUAUUUUUGAAUGGUUUGGUACAGUAUUUUUUGAAAUGGAUCAGAUUG